GCCUGUCCGGCCUGCAUUUCAGUGAACGUUGUUUUCCCCAGUCCUUUCAGGCUCUAAAAUUGAAGGCACAGUGUUCCAUACCGGCACCAUACUUGUCAUGACCACGCCGCAAAACGAUCUAUUUGCACGGGCCCGUGAUGAUUUCUUAUCAACCCUUACUCCGCAGGAACAGGCCCAGAUAUCCUCGUGUUCGUCAAUCGAAGAUGUCCUAGAAAGCAUACGGGGCCUUCAGAGCCUCACCAAGGUCAAGCGUCGCGUCAACCCUUGUAUGAAAAAGGUGAAAGCGCUGGGGGAUAAUCUUGCUCCCUACUUUCACAUUCUCGAAAUAUUUUGCGGUUCGAAUCCAGAAUGGGCCAAUAUCGUACUUGGCGCCCUGCGCCUUGUACUCCAGCUCGCGAGCCAAUUCGUGACUUUCUUCGAGAAAUUGUGCGACACUGUGGAAGCUCUCAACGCAAAAUUACCUCGCUAUAAAGAACUCUAUGAUUCUCUAUCCCAAGUUGGAGCGACUCCAAUCAGCAGCAGAUUGCGAGAUUCGCUUUCCGAGAUAUACUGCCUACUUUUCGAAUUCUUUUCUGCUGUUGGGAGAGUAUUCUCCAAAAAAGAUGGCAGGGUUAGGAAAACAUCAGCUGUUGUGGCCAGCCUCAUGUGGAAACCGUUCGAUGCCAGGUUUGAGGUCACGCUCGCCAAGAUCACUAUGCACGCGGACAUUGUUCGACAUGAAUUGCAAUUUGCCCACCUAGGAGACCUUCGAGAUGCAUUCGAUACUGAAGCUGUGGAGAUGAGCAGAAAACAUCAUGAGUCUAUUGCAAUGCUCGAAAAUCUUUCAGAUGACCAGAAGCUUCAAGCUCGAGUGGCUUUUCGCGAAUCCGUCAUACGUUGGCUAGACACACCAGAAUACAAGAACACCUUCGAGGAUGCCUGCCAGGAGAAGACAGAAGGCACGAACGAAUGGCUUUUCGAGGAUCCUAACUUCGCUCGCUGGUAUGAUGAUGACAAUUACGAACCGAUACAUAAAGGGCAGCCGAGCCCUAGGCAGCAUCCGGCAUCUCUCCUCUGGAUUAACGGCAAACCUGGCUCUGGGAAAACUGUACUGGCUUGUUCUGUCGUGGAAGUAUUGAGCAAAGGUGAUGCAUCUAACUCGAACGAGCCUCCGCCGGUUGUCUGUUAUUACUUCUUUUCCCACAAGCCGAUGGGAAAGAACACCCUUUUCGACUUUCUUCGCGCAACUGCAGUCCAGAUAUUCCAUGCUUUCAACAAGCUGGAGAAGAUUACUGACCUUUUUGCGUUCGCUCUCCAAUCAUGGCAGACCAGCGGUCCAGCGUCUAAGGCCGAGCUACUGGAGAUAAUAUCCCAAUGCCUUUCGUAUCUGCCAAAUCUUCACUGCGUUAUUGACGGAGUCGAUGAGUGCACCGAGAAUGAAGCUCUCAUAACGCAGAUAGCGCAAUGGUGCAGAUACUCACCACUGAAAGCCGUCCUGCUCAGCAGACCCAACAUCGAAACUCUUCGCCGUUCAGUUCGACAAGACUGCCAAGUACAGCUGACAAGUCAUUUUGUUGAGAGUGACAUACUUUUGUAUGUUGAGCUCGCUGUCAGCGAGCUCUUUGAACAGGGGCUACUUCCCGAAGACAUGCAGAAGAGCAGUGUCAUAUCACAUCUAACCCAAAGAGCAGAAGGCAUGUUCUUAUGGGUCCGUCUGAUGGUUUCAUACCUGAGCUCACCCGGGAUGACUCGGUCGGAAAGACGUUCCAUAAUCAUGGAACGUGCGUGUGAGGGCUUGGAUGGCCUCGACAGCAUCUACGUCCGGAUUCAGAAGCGCAUAGAAUCGUUGAAUGCCCACAGCCUAGCUCUUGCUCGUCGAGCUCUCGUGUGGGUCGCCCACACCCAUUUGUCGUCCUCGGAGUUGAAGGAGGCACUUUAUCCCGAUGGUUGGGACUUGGAAGACCACAACCUGCAGCGAUUUGAUCACGCGCUGAUGGUUGUUUGCUGUGGCUUACUCGAGAAAGACAUCACUGGCCGCUUUCAAUUUAUUCAUCUGACGGCCCUUGAUUUUGCACAACAAGGAAGCCAUCGUUACCAGGUUGCUGCUCUAACCCCUGGGCCGGCUUGUGCAAAAGCAAUGAUCGUGGAUAGGUGCCUUUCAUACCUGAUGACAGAUAUUCCGGCCCAACCUCUCUCUGGAAGCAUGCGUCAGAGAGCUGAAGUCUCUGCACUAAAACAAAGAUGGCCGCUAUUGGAAUUUGCUACUUUCAACUGGAUCUCCCUUUGUCUAAGUUCUCUGAAGACCUAUGAAGAUAAACAUGGCUCUUGGGACGAGGUUGCAAACAUGAUUCGAAAUUCCAUGGACUUUCUAGAGCAACAGCUCAGAAUUAUGACCUGGAUCGAGGUUCUCUACACAUAUGAGGGCAGCACAGUCAGGCUCACAUCUUCAGUACGAGAUGCUAUUUGGAUGCCAAGUAUUGGCUACGGGAUAGAGCCAGGCCAACAGAACGAUCUUGUCUCCUUGAUUAAAGAGUUGAUCGACGACCUGAUCUCCAUCGAUGGUUCUUGGGGCAAUACUCUGCGAGAGAAUCCAGCGGAGAUCUGGGGUGAUGUAGCUGUCUUUGCCAAGAGCAGGUUUUUGAAGUAUACGGGAGCAGGUGCCAUGGAGUCUCUGGCACCCAGGCUCGAGAAAGAAGAAGAAGAAGAAGAAGCAGGACAUACUUUGAUCAGCACGGAUACACCUGUAUUUUCCAUAUCCGUCAGCUCUGCCGAUGCUGCUACGCUUGGGGUUCUGAGCAUAUUUCCCAAUAAGGCUUUCUUCAAAGGCUGGCAAGAUAGGACUGACAUUCCAUGGCAUCCAAGCUCGAAGAAAUGGUCGCCAGAAUGGGGUUUGUGGUCAGGCACUUCGCCGCCUUCAGCCCCAAGGACAUCUAGCGAUCUCGCAAUCGCCAGCUCCGGAUGGCUUGCCACAUACGAAGCUUUCAGUGUAGGCGAGUCGAGGAGUGAAAGCAAAAUUAUUGUUGCUAUUCCGUUGGAUGCAGACGACAUUGCAGCGUGUCUUCGACAAAGUCUCGGAUUUUCAGCGGGAGCCUGGAAAUGUUCUUUCCCUCUUACCAUCGCCCCAGGACUGGACAAGAUCUCAAUCCUCAACAAUAUUAUACGUAUCGAUGCUCAGAGAGGAACAUACAUAUCACAACGUAUUCCCUCAGAGUCUCAUCCUCAGCUCCAACUCGCUUGGAACCCGGAGACCAUAUUUAGCAUUCGUUACUCCUACCAAAUAUACUGGAGUGCGGAUUCACGCUACAUAGCCUUCACGGAUAACGGUAUUCGACACCAAACCUUCUUGGGGCUAUUUUCGAGUGGGCCACUUGAGGAAGGGCUCAAGCUUGUCAAUUUUGUCACGAUGGCUGUACCGCGUGAGGUGGCGCUAAGUAAUUGUACCUUUCAUCGGACAGCGCCGCUGUUCUUGUAUCAAAGCAACAAUUUCAUUUUUCUUUGGGAAAUUGGAAAAGUCGGAUCAAUGCCCAUCUGCUUCCACAAAGUUCCCUCAUGGCGAGAUUUCAUCGGCUAUCUACAAAUUGAAGCAAAAAUCUGCUUCUCGGCUUGUGGGAAAUAUAUCACCAUCACUCAUCAUGGGCGGCCAUGGCCCGAAUUGAUGCAAGUCCCCGCUGAAUUGCUUGGCCAGCAACACAGAUUGGGCAAGCGACCUUGGGACGACGGAGACGGUGCGGUAGAAUCAAAGAAAAGAUCAAAAACGGCAGAGAUUGGCAGCAAAGAGACGACUUUAGCUUUUGCAAAGCUCCCUGCAGUCAUCUCCGCCGCCGUUGAUGUACACCAGGACUCAGCAGCCGGGAUCAGCGCAACAAUGCUGCAAAACAAUAGCACUCGAGAGCUGACCAUUUUAAAUGGGGAUACGGAGCUCACGCGCACGAUCUCGGUUGCCAAGCUCCCCGAAACAAUCCAGAUGAGGUCCGCAUCAUCGAUUGUUUGGCUUCCGUCACAAAUUGGACCGAACUCAAAUGCCCAAUGCAGACUGAUCAUCACCUCCAAGCCGGAGGAAGCCUACUGUAGUGACGAACCUGCCGCAGCAAGCCAUCUACCCAUGGUGGUCAGGAAGGAUGUUAGGGCACUCGAAGUUAAGGAGUAUCCGUUUCGAUUGAGGGAUUCUGCACAUGAAGACGGCCAUAGCCCCGAUAGCUAGGUCUGGCUCUCUUGAUCGACUUCUUGGAGGCAACAAGUUUCUUGGGUAAAAGUAGACGAGAUCCGUGCUUGGAAAAGCGAGGAACUCUGUACAUUACUAAUAUUCUCACGAGUCCUCCUUUCCCUUCCUAACUCGCUUUCGUUGCCUAGCAUUGUCUAACUCGGGUCUCAAGAUAGCAUGCUAUCUAGAACAUAAGCUCAAAUCAAUAACAUACAUGUGCUUUGUUAGGGGUACGAUUAACCCGGUUUCUGGUUUGCAAGAGCCGGGCUGAUGGCCUGCUAAAAGCUGACUUUUCUUGACACAUCAUAACUAUUGUGGGAAUGGAUAGGUAGUUUACUGCUUGCCCUGGAGGUAUCAAGGGCUUCCUUCUAUUCUUGAGCACAAGUGAGGGACUAGGAACAAUCGUAUUUCUCAACAGUCAAGCUAUAGAAAGAAGCUUGCGCGACUCGACAAGUCUGGGAUCCUGGGUCUGGUCUGCUUGCGAUUGUCGUCGAUGCAAUGACUGCACUUGGAUCGCAUUUUUGGCUCUCCAAAAUUGAACUUAAUUACAAUGGUUUAUAAUUAGCCAAAGACCGCCACCCAGCCCGCACAGGACUUAAUGCGAGGAAAGUAUGUAAUUAGUUGGGUUGGAAG